AUGGCUCCUUGUCCUCAGCCACCCUUUGAAGCUGAACUGACCGAGAUCCUCCUGUGCAAGAACGAGCUCCACGAGACCCUGAACAACCUGUGCCACUGGAUGAAGGACAAGCACGUGGAGAGGAACAUGGCGACGCGGCUGGACUCGGCCUUCAUCCGCAAGGACCCCUAUGGGGUGGUGCUCGUCAUGGGGCCCUGGUGCUGCCCCAUCAACCUCCUCCUGGGGCCUCUCAUUGGGGCCAUCGCUGCUGGUAACUGUGUUGUCAUCAAACCCUCGGAGAUGACCAAGAACGUUGAGAAACUCAUGGCUAAAGCGCUGCCCAGUUACCUGGACAGAGACUGCUUUGCCGUGGUGACUGCUGGUGUGCAGGAGACCACCAGGCUGCUGGAGAACAAGUUUGACUACAUCUUCUUCACUGGUAUGUCCCAUGGGCCAGAGCAGAGCCCGGCCUGGGUCUGCCCCCUGGAGGUGCAGGAGAAGCUGCUGCCCGCCCUGCAGAAGGUCAUCACCGAGUUCUAUGGCUCCAACCCUCGGGAAUCGCCUGAUUUCGGACGCAUCGUGGAUGAGAAGGAAUUCCAGAGGCUGCAGAUGCUGCUGCGCAGCGGGAGAGUGGCCAUCGGGGGGCAGAUGGAUGAGAAGGAUCUUUACAUCGCUCCCACAGUGCUGGUGGAUGUGCAGCCCUCAGAUCCCAUCAUGCAGGACACCAUCCUCGGCCCCAUCUUGCCCAUUGUCAAUGUGGCCAACAUGGAUGAAGCCAUUGACUUCAUCAACAGCCGUGAGCGCCCGCUGGCCGUGUAUGUCUUCUCCUCUGACGACAAG